CUUUACGAUUGUCAUUCGACACAUGCCAGGUUUGGUUUGGUUUCCAUUGUUGAGUAGGAAAUUUGUGUCAUCCUUCAAGGAUGUUUAAGCAUCCCGUACUCCUCACUGAAUCACUUUUUUAAUGACUUCGGUAACUGGUAGUACAGAUAGCUUGCUUGUUGAGGUAGUAAGCCUCGAGUGUACUGCAGGCAAGUAGCAGUACGUUCCAGCCCUUUCCAUUUUAACCGCCAAAGAAAGACCCUUGUUGGGACUUGCUGGGAAUGGGUAGCUGGUGAAACCAAGGUCAUGUGUGUUUCAUGGUCCCCUUCCCUAGGUUAAUUGAGCAUGACAUGGCACCACUCACAUCUAAGGCACGAACGAAACUCUGGUGUCCACCGUCCAAAGGAGAAGUGCCGCGGGAAGAAGGGAAGUCCGUGUUGAUCCAAAAUUUUCCGUUUAUACUUUUCACGAAUGGCUUUGCAAUUGUAUGGUAGAAAGAGGUUGAACAGUUUGAAACCUCUCUGAAGUAAGUAGGACAAGAUUCACUGCAUCAGCAGUUGCAGGUGCAGGCAGAGAGGCAGCUUCUCCAUUGACACUUGAAUUUCAAUGGGACCAAGUCAAGUCUACCAAACCAACCCCAAAACCUCCAACCUUCAACCUCAUCAUCAUCAACUCAUCUCUCCUCCUUUUUUGUGUGUUAGAAAAAUCCACGGAAACGCGUUCCUUUCCCUCCACCACCUACUAGAAACAAAAAGCGAAAUCCAAGCAAAGCAAAGGCCAGCUCCGCACCCACUCUCUCUUCUCCUUCCUUCUCCUUCCUUCUCCCACCUCCUCCCCUCGAUUCUCCCACCGCCACCGCCAACGCCGUCGCCGUCCACCGCGGGAGCCAAGCGACGGCUGCCUCAACCGCUCAUGUCGUCUUCUCCCUCCGGAUGCCAAUGUCUCGACAUGCCCGUGCCUGCCACCGCUCCGCCUUCCCCUUCCUCCUUGUGACGAGGACGACGACGGGCGGCAUCCUUCCUCUCCUCCUCGCCGUCUUCAUCCUCACCGGUUCCGUCGGCGUGUGCUCGGCGUCGAAGCAGUUCUCCACGGUCGCCAUCUCGCACGCGCCCAACUCCACCCUUGUCUGCGCGCUCGUCACCACCAACGGCGGCGAUGCCGCGGCCACGGGAGGAUCCAGCUCCAAGCUGCACUGCACCUCGCUGCCGGACGGACAGCAGUUCGUGUACCCCUCCGCCGACAUCCCCUACAACGCCAUCGCCGCCGGCACCGACUUCCUCUGCGGCCUCAUGGCCCCGGCCGGUGGCCACGCCGCCAUGCGCUGGUGGUCCUUCUCCGAGGAGGCCGCCGCCAACCGCUCCCGCCCCGUCGGCCGCCGCCUCUACUGGGGGCCAUCGCUCCGCUCGCUCAACGCCGGCGGCGCCCACGUCUGCGGCCUCUCCAACGACCACGACCCAGCCUGCUGGGAGUGGCCGGGCCUCAAGCUCCCUAAAGGCGUCGACUUUUCCGGCAUCGCGCUCGGCCAGGACUUCCUCUGCGGCAUCCUCGCCAAAGACAACACCUCCAUGAGCUGCUACGGCGGGAUGAAGGCACCGUUGCUGACGCCGAAGCCGGCGGCCUUCAAGACUGUCGCCGCCGGCCACCGCCACGCGUGCGCGGUCGACGAGGAGGGAGGCUUCGCCUGCUGGGGCGACGGCGUCCCCAAGGUGCCGCCCGCCGAGCUGCCGGAGAGCAUGUCGGCCAUGGCGCUCGGCAACGACACCACGUGCAUCCUCGACGGGAAAGGAAUCGCGCAGUGCUGGGGCGGCGCGCCGGUGCCGGCACAGUACAAGAGCACGCCAUUCCUGGCCAUCGAGGCCGACGGCGACGCCGUCUGCGCCAUCACCUUGUACAACUACUCCGUCGUGUGUUGGGGGAAGGGCGACCGAUUCGGCGGAGGCCGGCUCAUCUACAACGCCACCAUGCCCGGCGCCUGCGCGCCCCAGCGGAACUGCUCCUGCGGCAUCAUCUCGGGGUCAGGGGCGCUCUGCGGCAACGGCGGCGGCGAAGGCGUCCAAGAGCUCGCCGUCUGCCAACCGUGUCCGCUACUGCUCAACGCGUCCAGAAUCGUGAUUGCCAAUGGGAUGAACAAGGCGGCGCCGCCGCCAGGCGAUGACGAUGCAAGGAAGAAGAAGACCCUGGCGGUCGCCCUCAGCGUGGCCGGCGUCGGAGCCGCGGUGCUCGCGGCGGCGGGGACGGCGUUCUACCUCGUAGCGUUCAAGAAGCGGGAGAAGAAGACGCUGCGCCUUGGGGAGUCGUCUUCGCGGCGGCUGUGCCGCGACGUCGAAGCCAUGGUCAUGCCGGCGCCGCAGGUCUCGCCAUUGCGGCCGGCGCGGCCUCUCGGGUGCGAGGAGUUCACGCUCCGGGAGCUCUCGCGCCUCACCAACGGCUUCGCUGAGGAGAGCAAGAUCGGGAGCGGCAGCUUCGGGUCGGUGUACCGCGCCAAGCUCCCCGACGGUCGCGAGGUCGCCAUCAAGCGCGCCGAGCGCGCCGGCAGCGGCGGGCGGCGGCGGCGGCGCUUCGACGCGGAGCGCGCGUUCCGCGCGGAGCUCCGGCUGCUGUCGCGCGUGAACCACCGCAACCUGGUGCAGCUGCUGGGGUUCUGCGAGGAGCGCGGCGAGCGCAUCCUGGUGUUCGAGUUCAUGCCCCACGGCGCGCUCCACGACCACCUCCACGGCGGCAGCCGCGAGGGCGCCGGGUACUCGCCGCUGUUCGCGUCGUGGGAGGCGCGGCUCCGGGUGGCGCUGGACGCGGCGCGAGGCGUGGAGUACCUGCAUUGCUACGCCGUGCCGCCCAUCAUCCACCGCGACGUGAAGCCGUCCAACAUCCUCCUCGACGGCGACUGGACGGCCAAGGUCUCGGACUUCGGGCUCUCGCUGGCCAGCGGCGGCGCGGCGGCCGCGGCCGCAUCGUCGUCCGCCACGGCCGGCACGGUCGGGUACAUCGACCCGGAGUACUACCGGCUGCAGGAGCUGACCGAGCGGAGCGACGUGUACAGCUUCGGCGUCGUGCUGCUGGAGCUGGUCACCGGCCGGAAGGCCAUCCACCGGACCAGCCAGGACGGCAGCGGGUCCCCGAGGAACGUGAUCGAGUUCGCCGUGCCGGCGGUGGAGACGGGCAACAUCACCAAGAUCCUCGACGACCGCGUGCCCCCGCCGCGCGGCCACGAGGUGGAGGCGGUGGCGCGCGUGGCCAAGAUCGCCUCGGAGUGCGUUCGGCCGCGGGGCCGCGCCAGGCCGAUCAUGUCCGAGGUGGUCGCCGAGCUGGAGUGGGCCGUCACGCUGUGCGAGGAGUCCGUCCUCGUGGCCGCCGCCGCCGCCGGGCAGAACAGCUCCCGGCACGGCGGCUCCGACCUGUCGCGGUCGCGGUCGCGCUCCGAGUCCGACGAUCCGAGCCCGUUCCACACCCGCGAACUCGGCUUCGGGUUCGGCUUCAGCCACAGCCACAGCUCGAGCCGACCUGUCACCCAUGGCAGGUCCCACUCGACAAUGUAAAACCUACUUUUUUUUUGUUCUUUUAUUUUACCAUUGAUAUAGGUUGAUUUAGUUACUGUCCAUAAACAUUUUACAAAGGAAAAACUGGGAGGAAAAAUUCUUGGUCGUCUA